AUGAAAAAUGCAUCAAAACCGUCAAAGCGUCUGGAUUUACAAGGAAUUCGAGGAUUGGCUAUAUUAGUUGUUAUUGCAUUUCAUUUUUAUCCUGAAUACUGUCCAAAUGGAUAUCUUGGAGUUGACCAAUUCUUCGUCCUCUCCGGCUUCCUAAUGUGUAUGCUUCUGAAACGUGCUGAAAACCAAUCUUCUUGUCAGCUCGCCACCAUUUUUUACUCCCGAAGGUUCAAAAGAAUCCUCCCUCUUUAUCUCCUUAUCAUUCUAAUCUCCAUGAUAUCUCUCUUCCUAUUUUUCCCGGAUACCGCAAUUGAAACUAAUCAAGGAUCCGCGAUUCAAGCUCUUCUUUUCGCUUCAAACCGCCCAAAAACUGAUGAUGAAGAUUAUUUUCAAGCGGUAAUUCAAAAAAAAAAAAGUUUUGAAGUUCGAAUUUUUGAUUUUCAGCUCUCCAUGGCCGUCGACGUUUUCACCCAUACCUGGUCCCUCUCCGUUGAAAUUCAAUUUUAUUUUUUGGUUCCUUUCAUUUUUCUUCUAGCAACCAAAAUUUCAGAAAAGUUGCAAUAUAGCUACUAUAGUAUUAUAGGUAAUACAUUUUCAGAUUUUUUUUUCAAAUUUCUCAAAAUUCCAGGUAUUUUUUCCUAUUUUUUCUUCUUUACCUCCCCGGAAACUGAAGCAUUUAACAGUGUUUUUGCGAGAAUUUGGCAGUUUUUGAUAGGAAUGGUUGUCUAUCUUUUAUCAACUUCUAAUUUGAAAAUCACUGGUUAUCAGAUGCUCUCAGAAGAAAAAGAAGGGCUUCUAUUAGAAGACGAAAAAGCUCAAGAAUCGGAAUUUUCAGUUUUUGUAAAACCAAUUUCAUAUUUUAUAUUGGCAAUGCUGGUUUUUAUCACCGGAACUCCAAUAGAGUUACCAGCGAACUUUGUGAGAGUGACAUUAGGCACCAUUCAUCACAAUUUCAACUGGCCUCCUAAUGCUAAUUUCUGUCAAAAUGCCAUUUUAUCCAAUCGAUUUCUAACCUACAUCGGAGAUAUCUCCUAUUCUCUUUAUCUCAUUCAUUGGCCAAUUUAUGCGUACUGGAAGUUGACCUACGACGGGGAUAGUUACAAACUGUUUGGUGCCCUUCUAGCAUCUUUAAUCUUGGCCGUUUUUUUGUUUGAGACAUUUGAAAAGUGGUAUUUGAAACUGUCGAAUUCACAUAUUGGAAUUAUGAUUGUUAUACUUUUCUUUUUGAAUGCAGUAGUUAUCAACAAAGAUGAAAUCAUGGAUAUUCUGGAUGGAAGUGAACGAAGAAGUUUUGGAAGAUUGGAUAGUGUUACAGAGAAUAUGACACUUGACGACGCAGCUCGACUGAAUAUUGAUUGGAGUGCUCAUGAUGGUAAACUUUUGAGGGUCCCGACGUGUGAAUAUGAGACAAAAUCUCAGAUGGGUUGGUGUAAACACAAGGGCCUCCCGGGAAACGGAAAAUACAAAAUUAUGAUAUUUGGAAACAGUUGGGCUGCUAAUCACGCCACAAUGAUCUAUCAGGAAUGUGGGGAAAAAGCAAAAGUCUUGUUGCAAGGAUCUGCAAAAGGCUGCGAGCCAUUAUACCCAACCAAAUUCUCAGAUUCGCAGGAUUUAACCGAAAAGUGUAAAGGGAAUUUCACAUAUUUCGAGGAGAGGAUAAGACAGGAACAACCGGAUUAUGCAUUUUUAUUGACUAGAUUCUUCUCGAUUGCUGACCCUAGCAAUGCAUCAAACAUCCAGGAUGACCCCAUUUACAAAAUUAUGAAAACCCAAAUGCUCAACUUCAUCAAAAACAUAAAAUACAAACUAUACAUUCUGGACGCUUUGCCACGUCAUCAUCGGAAAAUUUUUGACAUUGUUCCAUUGCUCAAAAAUCAUACAGCACCCGAGAAAAUUGAUUAUUUUAGCAAAAAUGGAAAUUUUCAGAAACUAAUGAUAAAGCCGGACAACUUCGAAAUGGCGCGUAAAAGACAUGCUCAACUGAUCAAGGAUUGUAAUCUGGAAAUUCCAGAAAAAUGCGUUUUAGUGGAUUAUAAACCAGAAUUUUUCAACGAAUCUACUAAUACAUAUCGAUAUUUUGAUGAGAAAGGAAUCUCUUAUUGGACCCAGGGACACCAUUUAUCACCUCAUGGAAUUGAACAUGUCAGACAUGUAUGGACGGAUAUUUGUAGAAAAUUGUGA